CUGUGAACACUAUCAUCAGUUUGCUACAGUUGUUCAACGAUAACGGUUCAGCUCCAGUUUGGCUUGUUUUCAUAAGAACUCAAUAGUUGUGUAACGUUACAAUGAUUCCAAGGAUAGCCAUACUGUGUGCCGUUUUGGCUUUGACGGCCGCCAGCCGUUCGUAUAAUGGCUAUAAAGUUUAUAACGUCAAUCAACAAAACGAGCAACAAAUGGCAACAAUCCGUCAGUUGGAGCUCUCGAACCCUCAUCUGGACUUCUGGCACUUGACCAAACGGGUGGGAGAUUCGGCCAAGGUUAUGGUGGCUCCAGAGCACCAGCAGGAGUUUAUAAAUGCCCUCAAGAGCCAUGGAAUCACUUUCACCGAGUUGAUCCACAAUGUUGAAAGCACAAUUGAUCAUCCUAGUCCUAAACGAAAGCUUUCGCGAUCAGAAAACAUUCUUACCACCUAUCUGAGUCACGAAGCCAUCAACAGCUAUCUGGAUGAAUUGGCCACUAAAUAUGCAUCCUCGGUGAAAGUUCAGGAAAUCGGAACUUCCCACGAGGGUCGAUCAAUGAAGACGAUUACCAUCAACGAGAAAAAAGGCAAUGCCGUAAUCUUUGUGGAUGCUGGAAUUCACGCCCGCGAAUGGAUCGCUCCUUCGACUGCCCUCUACGCCAUCAACCAGCUCGUGGAACACGCCGAUAAACACCAGGACAUCCUCGCGAACCUAACCUGGAUCAUCCUUCCGGUAGUCAAUCCCGAUGGCUACGCAUACUCUCACUCGGAUGAACGCAUGUGGCGUAAGACUCGUAAACCAUCUGGAAAAAAAUGCUUCGGAACCGAUGCCAAUCGGAACUUCGAUUUCCACUGGGGUGAGGUCGGUGCCUCGGCCUCUUCCUGUUCCGAUACCUUCCGUGGCGAGACUGCAUUCUCCGAACCGGAAACUCAGCACGUACGAGAUGCUCUCCUGAGCUUGAAAGGAAAGUGCAAGUUCUAUCUGACGCUGCAUUCGUACGGAAACUAUCUGCUCUAUCCUUGGGGAUGGACCAGUGCUCUUCCGGAAACGGUUGACGAUCUCGAUGAGGUGGCCCAGGCUGGCGCAUCGGCUAUCAAACAGGCAACAGGUGGCCGUUACGAGGUGGGUAGCUCGACCAAUGUGCUUUAUGAAGCUGCCGGUGGAAGUGAUGAUUGGGCGUUUGCCGUAGCCGAAGUUCCGAUCUCGAUCACGAUGGAACUGCCUGGUGGUGGAAGCGGAGGAUUCAAUCCGCCGCCAUCGCAUAUUGAAGAAAGUGUCAAGGAGAGCUGGAUUGGUAUCCAGGCAAUGGCACUGAAGGUGGCUCAAAAAUAUUAGACAAUGUGCUGUGAUAAUUAUCUGGUUUAAAUAUAGAUAUUUUAAUGAAAAUUUUAA